CUGCACAAGAAAAAAAAUACUGAAUUGUCCGACCGGAAGUGGCCUUAUUUACAUAGUUUUUGUUCACACUGGGUGAUACAACACGGCUCCGUUUUAAUAAUAAAGGACGUACCAGACAUUUGGUGUACACCCGUGAAUAACAGCAACUCCGAAAUCGAAACAAGAUGGGCUCACGUGAAGAACCUGCAUCAUCUCCAACGUACAGGCUAACGCUAGCUCGCCUCUAUGAUACGACGACAAGGGGAAAGAUGCUUGAAGCAGUACAAGUGAAACAGCCAUGAAAACGGUGAUGGCGUUCACAGCUGUCUGAGAGUACACAGCAACCGGCACAUUGGAUUCAUGAAGGCAGGCGAAAUGACGGAGUGCGCCAGUGGGGUUCUCUUUGAGGACUGGGAGUUCCCCUCAGAUGACUCUUCUCUGUUCUGCGACAACUCCACGCCCAUCUCCAGGCUACAGGGCCACAUCACCUGGCUGCGCCCACAGGAGAUCUGCCAGUCACCAGUUGUCAUCCCUGACAACAUCCACCAUAGUCAUGUUAAACAAGGGUUGCUAGGAGACUGUUGGUUUUUAUGUGCAUGCUCAAUGUUGCUCAAGAAAAAACAUCUUCUAGACAAGGUUUUUCCACCGCACCAGCCCAUGUGGGGUGACAGCAAGUACAGAGGCUCCUUUCACUUUCACUUUUGGGUGAAGGGAGACUGGACAGAGGUGACCAUCGAUGACCGCCUGCCUUGUAUUGAUUCAGUUCUCUGCUUCUCACACUGCCACUCGCCCUCUGCCUUCUGGGUAGCUCUGCUGGAAAAGGCAUAUGCCAAACUUCACGGUUCAUAUGAGCGCCUUUGGGCGGGGCAGGUGUCCGAGGCCUUAGUGGACCUGACUGGGGGUCUUGCAGAGUGCUGGAGUUUGUCUCACGUAAGUUCUGAAGAUGAACAGCACACACCAGAGGAGAACUACAAUCAGGCCAGGAGAAGAAAACUGGACCUUAACCUCAUAUAUCCACUGAGAGCCACUUGUUCACUCAGUUGCUCUACCCAAAGCAUCCCGGGAGGAGACAGCGAACUGGGUCAGCAUCAUGCCAUGGCUGUGAUGGAAUGGCUGGAUGUGAAGACGGUAGCAGGAAGCAGAGUGCAGCUAUUCAGGAUCAGAAACCCCUGGGGGAGGUGCUGCUGGAGUGGAGCCUGGACAGAGGGUGGCGCUGGAUGGCGUUCGCUGGAUUCGGCCGAUGCUUCGGAUAUCCAAGCGAGGGCGGCACAAGGCGACUUCUGGUUGAAUGAGACUGAAUUCCUGUCCCAGUUUGAUGAUGUCACAGUAGGCUACCCGAUCAGCGAGGAGGGACACCUACGAAAUAUCUACACGGGAAACCUGCUCCCUCACCGCCAUCACCUCGCUGGACGCUGGGUAAAGGGCCUCUCCUCUGGCGGAAGUCGAAACAGCAGCACUUACAGCAGUAACCCAAAGUUCUGGCUUAAGAUGUACGAGGCAGGUGAGGUUCUCAUAUCCUUGCUGCAACACAGGAAGUGGAGGCAAUAUGCAGACAGCCCCCCAGAGGAUGACGUGAGGCGCCAGCACUACCAGGCCAUCGCGUUACACAUGUGGAAGGUGGAGAAGAAACGUUUUCAUAUGAGUCGUACUUUGAACAAACCGCCAUGUGCUUCUACUCACUGCCACGCCCACCAGAGAGAGGUGGUGCUUCCCGGGCAGCUGGAGCCCGGACACUACCUUGUGAUCCCCAGCAUCUACCAGCCAGGAUCAGAGGCCCGCUUCCUCAUUCGGGUCUUCUCUUCCUCUUCCUCUUCCCUCAGUGCCCUGUCAAGCCCAGCACCUAUCCUGCCGUUAACUUCAGACGGAGAGUGGGAGACCACUCGCUUCCGGGGCUCGUGGGUGGAAGGAAGCUCUGCAGGAGGAAGCAGGAACUUCCCGACCCACGGGCAGAACCCACGCUUCCCUUUUACGGUUUGCGAAGAGCCGGUUACGGCAGGUCACGACAUCAAGGUCACCCUGCGCCAGAGCCGUGCUGACACCGAUCUCCUCCCCAUUGGCUUCCAUAUUUAUAAGAUACCAGCCGGAGACCAAUGUCAUUCCAUCCCUAGUGAGGACCCCGUUGCCAGUUGUCUUCCCCACUGCCACACUCAGGAUGUCAGCUUGUCGUGCUCUCUUCCAUGUGGAGCUUACCUUGUCGUACCAUCCACAUACGAGCCCGACUGCGUAGCAGAAUUCACCAUCAGCCUUGCUCGGAGAAUAAACAGGAGGGUUGUGAGAAGCCAAGAAACGCUGGGAAGAGCCAUUCAAGAGGUGUCUCACAUCUCUAUGAUGCCGUCUUUGCUGCUUCAAUGAUGUUGGUGCUGCAUGAUGAAAGGAUUCCCACUCUGCCAUCCUCUCAGAGACUUGUGUGUGUGUGUCUGCACAUGUACGGCUAUGCAUGUGCACCGUGACUUAGUGGGAAUCUGUUUGUCGGGGGGGCUUCUCUUCAUCCCGAAAUUCUGAGGCUGAGGGCCGAUGAACAGGAAGGCACUCAUUGGCCAUUAGGACAUCAGAGGUUGUCGGUGGGCUGGGCUGCUAAUGAACUAUGACGGGACUGGCUGGUGUAAACAAACAGCCGCCAUUGAAGAAAGCCGCCACCUCUGUUGCUCAUUCAGUCACCGAUGCGCCCGUGGUAGCGGAACAAAGGCUCCUCUCAUGAGGUCCUCACAGAAACACCGCGGGCAAGG